UAAGAAUCGCGCGAUUACUGAAAUGACUGUCCGACCGUGAACCUCAAACUCCCAGCACUGCUUGCUUGCUGGGCGGCUGCAAUGUCUCAGACCCUUCUUCCAACUCCCCCUACACCGUCCCCGUCUUCUUCUUCCUCUUCUUCAUUAUUCUCAAACCUAACGAUUCCACAUUCAUCCCUUCAUUCCAAGCUCCGAAUAUCACAACCCACCCGCGUAAGACCCAUCCGAAGCCAACAACCCAGAUUACUUUCAAGCAGAAACAGUGGCCCCACUGACAAUCCCAGAUGGUCGCUCAGCGGGAUGACCGCCCUCGUUACCGGCGGCACUCGCGGAAUCGGGCAUGCCAUUGUGGAGGAACUGGCGGGCCUUGGGGCGACAGUGCAUACGUGUUGUAGGAAUUCAAGUGAGCUGGAUGUGUGCUUGAGGGAAUGGGAUAAUUUGGGUUUUGGGGUAACUGGGUCAGUGUGUGAUGUGUCAGUUCGAGUUCAGAGAGAGGAACUCAUGGGGACUGUGUCUUCUGUGUUUGAUGGGAAGCUCAACAUCCUCAUAAAUAAUGUUGGGACAAACAUAAGGAAACCAAUGGUGGAUUUCACAGCUGAUGAAUUCUCUACUCUCAUGUCGACCAACUUCGAGUCUGUUUUCCAUAUAUCCCAACUUGCUUAUCAACCUAUGAAAGCAUCGGGAUUUGGAAGCAUUGUAUUCACGUCCUCUGUAACGGGUUUUGUCUCACUGAAGUCUAUGUCUGUUCAUGGUGCAACAAAAGGAGCAAUCAAUCAACUCACUAAAAGUCUGGCUUGUGAGGCGAAAGAUAAUAUAAGAAGUAAUGCUGUGGCGCCUUGGUACAUCAGAACCUCAAUGGUGGAGCAGGUACUUAGCAACAAAGAAUAUCUAGAAGAGGUGUAUUCUCGAACUCCUCUUCGGCGUCUUGGAGAGCCAAAGGAGGUUUCGUCUCUUGUAGCAUUCCUUUGCUUACCUGCAUCAUCCUACAUCACUGGCCAGAUUAUUUGUGUUGAUGGAGGGAUGUCUGUCAAUGGUUUCUACCCAAGACAUGACUAGAAGAGCCAACUUAACCAUUAUGUUGAUUUACGUUCUCUUAAUUGACCCCAGAAAGUCUAGUCUCCACUAGUUAUGACCUAGCCUUGGCAUUCCCCUGCACUCCUGCUUCUCUUUUGCAGUACCACAAAGAAACAAUUUUUUUUUCCCAAUUAUCACUCUUCCUAUUACUCAGUAAUUUUUACCCUCCUUUUUUUAAGCCUUCAAAUAGUUCAUGGUCCGAUUGUAUUACUGUCAACCUUUACCAUUGUUUCAUUAAAAUAUCUCCUAAUCAGGAAACGGUUUGAAGAAAAAGAUGUCUUGGAUGUACAAUUUGGAAACUAAUGUGGACUAGUAUGAAUAUUUUAUUU